CUAAAAGGAAAUUUCCAAUCCAUGAGUGACUAAGGGCAGCCAUGUCUUCCGGGGAGUGGGACCUGCGUGCCCUAAAGGCGCUCGAGGAGGAGGAGCAGCGCGAGUUCCUGGCCCUCAGCCAGCGGAACCUCUUCGAUCCGCUGCCGAAUCCCACAGCGGAUGUGCCCAGUGCGAAGCCUCCACUGACCUAUGCCCAGCUGCAUCCUCACCUGCUCAAGCUGCCCACGAUUGACGAGUGCCAGUUGAUGGCCGUCAAGCAGCAGAGAUCGGCGGCCCUGCGAUUCAGUCGUGCCCUCUCCCUGUCCGCCCACUCGCUCACCUCCCGAACCGGAAGCGGUACGGGCGGCGGAAGCGGAAGUGGCCUGGGCUUUGGCCGUAAAUUGAAAGCCCGCUUGGUGGGCGCCAAGUCGAGUGGCUCACUGUCGCCCAGUCGCCACUCGCACAGCUACAGUGUUUCCCCGGUAUAUACGCCGCCGCCGAUGCGAAGAUGUGCCACCUUGCAUCACACGCAACCGGUGCGAAAGGUCUUCAAAAAUCUCCAACAGCUGCAGGAGCGGAAACGCCAGGCGACCGGAAGUCACUUGCAGAGGAUCGCUGGCACCGGAAAGACGUACUGGAAGUACGGAGCCAACUCAACUGCUGCCUCGAUAGUGGGCCAACGUGCCCGCCAAAACCAGCAGAUCGAGGUGGAGGAGUCGAACGGUUCGGAUGAGGUGAACUCGGAGCCGCAGGAAAUCUCCGAGGCGGAAACGGGCUCCUGCAGUGUGCCGCUCCCGUCGAAGGACACCAAUGAAAUACUCCGCCUCAUGCUCAGUGCGGCCAGUUCGGCGGUGACUGUGACGCCAGCGGCGGCGGCCAUUGGCAAUGGUAACGUGGCCGGAGCAACUGGUGGCGCCCCGCCGCCAUUGCGACGCUAUCAGAAUGCCAGCGAUGUUGAGGAGGACGAAACUGUUGCGUACGGAGCUUUCCACCAGGCGGCCAAAAGCUUCGAGAGCGGCGCUCUCCUGCGAGUCGGCAGCUUAACAGCCCAAGAGAGCGACGACGGCAAAGUGAACGCCAUGAGCCCCAGUCCACAGCACAGUCCCGCCAAGGAAACACAAUCCACAGCGUUGGGUGGCGGUGGACCGGGUGGCAGGCGGAUGUUCAAGUCCGGCUCAUUGGAUUGGCCCGGGGAAGCGCAACCACAUCAGCAACAUCUAUCCCCGCAGCAACAUCGCGCUGCAAACCAUGUGGAGUUGGUGGAGCAGCAGGGCAAGGACAUUCGCUUUCGGCAGCGGGAUCACUGGGAUCUCGAGCACGCCCACUUCCAUCACGAGGCACUUGGACACCUCCCAGCCAGCGCCACCGUCAUCGAUGACGAGCUGGAGCAGCAUAUCAAACACUGCUCCUGCUCCUGCAACCACAUGGGCUACGGCAACUCAAUGGACUAUCAGACGACUGGUUUCGGUGGACUGCCCGACGUCACCGAGCACUCGAACAUCCGCCGCACACUGUCCCGCCAGAACUCGAUCUCGAACAGCGAUUCCGGCGGCGAGAUAGCCAGCAUCCAGAAGUCAAAGGUGAACUUUGGCAAUCCUCUGGCCGGCGGCGUGGUCGUGGGCGGAGAUAUAGUGGGUCUGGACGCCAAGUCGCCCACAUCGCUGGGUUCCACAACUGGAGCCGGCGCCACUGGCAAAGCGAAGGCUAAGGCGUCGAGGAAAGCGAAUGCCAGUGCAGAUGGCGGACAGAAGGGCAGGCGUGGAUCCUGGCUGGUGGCCAUCACUCUGGUCAGCGCCAUCUGUCUACUGGCCAUCGCCGCCACGUUGGCCUACCAGCACUUCCUCAUGGCGCCCAGCCGCAAUUCCCAUGCCCAAAGACUGAGAAUCGUUCGUCGUAUCCUGCGCGAGGUGCCGCUGGUCGACGGGCACAACAAUUAUGCCUGGAACGUUCGCAAGUACGCCCACAGCAGCCUGGAGCUCCAUCUCAGCCACGACGUGGACCACAAGUCACUGUGGGCGCGGCCGGCGUGGGCGCAAACGGACAUGGAGCGACUCAAGCAGGGAUUAGUCAGCGUCCAAGUGUGGUCGGCAUAUGUGCCGUGCGAGGCGCAGGGCUUGGACGCGGUCCAGUUGGCUCUGGAGCAGAUCGACAUUGUGCGGCGCCUGUCGGACAUGUAUGCCCGGGAAACGGUGCUGGCCACAUCCUCGCAGGACAUUGUCGAGGCACAUCGCCGUGGACUGCUGGCCUCGCUGAUUGGAGUGGAGGGUGGCCACACGAUUGGCUCCUCCCUGGGUGUGCUGCGAUCCUUUUACUCCCUGGGCGCACGCUAUCUCAGCCUGACGCAUCGCUGUGACGUCUCGUGGGCGGGAUCGAGUGCAUCGCCGGCGGAACAGGGACUCACGCCCUUUGGCAAGGCCAUUGUGCGUGAGAUGAACCGACUGGGCAUGAUGAUUGAUCUGUCGCACAGCUCGGAUGCCACGGCCAGGGAUGUACUCCAGGUGACCCGCGCUCCGGUCAUCUUCUCCCACUCCGCCGCCCGCCAGCUGUGCAAUUCCACGAGGAAUGUACCGGAUGACAUCUUGCGCCUGGUGGCCGAGAAUGGCGGCCUAAUCAUGCUGAGCUUCGACUCCGAGGACGUGGCCUGUGGGCGGCAGGCGCGCCUCCAGGAUGUGAUCGAGCAUAUUAAGUAUGUGCGUGCAAUUGCCGGCAUUCAGCACAUUGGACUGGGUGCCGGAUACGAUGGCAUCGAGCUGCCGCCCUUGGGGCUGGAGGAUGUGUCCAAAUAUCCAGAGCUUUUGGCCGCCCUGCUGGAGGAUCACAACUGGAGCGAGGAGGAUGUGGCCAUGCUGGCGGGCAGGAAUUUCCUGCGCAUCAUGGAGACGGUGGAAACGGUGCGGGACUACUGGAAGCGAGCGGCCAUCCAGCCCAUUGAGCAGACAGAGCCACAGCCCAAGACGCAGUGCACCUACAUGUCCUCGUGACCGCAGGCGCAGGCGGUGAGGCAGCGACGCGAUGAGCCGCCCAUGGAGCGGGCCAAUCGCACCACUGCCACCUUGGCGGGCGGAGAGGUCUACUGGCAUCACGGUCCGGAGUCGAGGGACUCCGCCUCCAAUCGCACCACUCCGGCGGUCAUCGCGGCCACGGCAACCAGUUUUACGGUCAGCGAACUGCUCCAGUAAACUGGUUCUUGAACGGCCCAUCAAUGUGAGGGAUUUUGGCUUGCGGUUCGGCUCGCUGGGAUAUUAGAAAAGGUGGGCGGUUAGUAAAAAACCCAGAAAGGAUCUUUAAAACAUUUGUAUGAAUUUGUAUGUAAUGACUUUUCUUCAGGUUUGCUAUACUUCAUAGGUUUUAGGGAAUGAGAGAAAAAUAAGCUACUUUUUUUAGGUUUGCCUUUAGCUAAACGAACGUAAAUGGAAAAGUAACAUUUGAUAUGCAGGACUUUGGAAAAGUUUUCGAGUGCCAAGUAUAUUGGUGACUCAAUAAAAAAUUCGUUAAAUAACCCAAUAUGUACAUAUACUAGCUACUUCUUCAAAAUCUCCUUUGUGCUGCCAUCAAGCGCCGUCGUUUCGAAAAGUGAACAACUGUUGUGGCGAACCUCGUGAAUAAUUAGUGUGUACUCGUAAUUUACUUCCAUAGGAUGCAUUGAUAGGCGUAUGAAUAAAUAAUAAUAAUAAAUGUACUAGUAUUUAGCCCAUAAUUGUUUGCAGCUAUACUUAUUGGUGUUGUGGCAAUGCAUAAUUUAUGCACAGUGCGCAAUACCUAUUGAUGUUGCUGUGCCACGGGGCGUAUGCGCUAUGCGACGAGCAGCGAACAGCGAACAUCGAAAACCGAACCGCAAACCGAAAUCGUUCUUGGCUAGCCUGUGACUGUAUUAUAUAUGUAGGGCACACAUCAAUGAUUCACGCAAAUUAUCGCAAUUAAGCGCAAUAUAUUUAAUCACAUACAUCACACAUACAUAUACACCAGAAUAUUAACCAUCGAAACGAAUUAAUUGCAGCAGAUUUGCCACAGUUGGCAUUUAAGCCAGGAUCAUAGGGUCAAACAACAUGCACAACAUGCACAACAUGCACCACUGUAUAAUCAGUCGUGAGCACCGCCAGCAAUUCAAUUAAAAAGAGAUGUUUCAUCCUGGCCGCAUGUGAAUCCAUCUGAAUUUCUGUAUUAGGUUAGUUAACAAAACAAAAAUGCAAAACCCAAAAAAAACAAAAACAAAAUCAAAAAACGAAAUGUUGUUCGUGUAUGCAUAGCUACAUAUAUACAUACAUACAUAUAUAUACCACUCGAAAAACAGAAUAUAAAAGUAAACUGCAGCAGAAGCAAUGCGUAUAAUCGAAUAGACCGACACGCAUUUCCAUAAAACUAAAUCGGAAA